GACGUGCACACACGCACGCACACACACACACGCGCAGAAUCACAAUAAUAUUGAAAUUCGAAUGUUGUUUUUAUCCGUUUCGUAUUGUCGUUUUGGUCGUUGACGCCGCCGUCGGUCCGUGUGUCUCGUCUCUCGCCCAGGCCGAACCCCCCCGUCGAAAGCGGCCACCGCCAGCAGCAGCCAGCACAGCUCUGAUCAUUGUGGUGUGUACGUUGGCCCGUCGUCCCGUCGUCUGGUGUCUCUGUCCUACGUACCUACGAUGCGUUUGCUGCCGACGGCCACCGAGCGGACAGCGGACGGACAACAACAACAACACGGUCGGCCGGAAGCGCACAGCCGCGGUUGAGUGUGUGUGAUAUUCAAAAAAAAUUAUCGUUGAUAUUGUUAUGGAAUGUCGGUUGAUGGUCGUUUCGUCGUAGUCAUAACGGUUGUUUGAUCAGUCCCGGCCGAUAAAUGAAUAGGUCAAGAUCAGCGUAUGACAGCGAAACCGACGAUGGAGAUGACUCGGACGAUUAUGCGACGCCGCUCGGUGUCCCAUUGUUGUCGAGCGAUGAUGGCCGACGGUUGGUCGAAUACAAGUCGUCGCACAACUCCAUCAAUAAAGGUCGCUGGACCAAAGACGAGGACAUACGACUGAAACAGUUGGUCGAUGAAUAUCAAGAAAGAUGGGAUAUUAUUGCUCAACAUUUCAAUGAUCGGUCUGAUAUUCAAUGCCAGCAGAGAUGGCACAAAGUUGUAAAUCCCGAUUUGGUCAAAGGACCUUGGACGAAAGAAGAAGAUGAAACCGUCUUAGAGUUGGUAGAAAAAUACGGUCCCAAAAAAUGGACUCUUAUAGCGCGACAUUUGAAAGGUCGGAUAGGUAAACAAUGCCGCGAGCGAUGGCACAAUCAUUUAAAUCCCAAUAUCAAGAAAAGUGCCUGGACUGACGAAGAAGAUAGAAUUAUAUUUAGGGCACACAGUCAAUGGGGAAACCAAUGGGCCAAAAUCGCUAAACUGUUGCCUGGAAGGACUGACAAUGCGAUAAAAAAUCAUUGGAAUUCGACUAUGCGUCGAAAAUACGAAAUUGACGAAAAAGGCGAACUUUACGGUAAAAGCAUGUUGAAACCAAAAUCUAAGAGUAUUAGGGCUCCCAUGGAUAACAAAAACGAUUCGACGAGUGGUCGUCCAAACGCAGUACAAAUUAACCGGUCCGAGUAUAUUACGGUUGACAUGCCGACUCAGUAUAUUGGUUGGAUGCCUCCUAAAUAUAUACCGGACAAUCCUAUAAAACAAGACCUCGAACAAGACGUACGCGACAAGGAUGAAGUAGUUGCGGCUGCGGAAGUCUUAAACUCUUUAAUGUCGACCCCUCAAAAAAAAGCUGACGAUAUAGCUAAAGACGUCUUUAAAGUCAAUUAUAAACUAGAGUCUCCGCCAAGACCUGCCACUGUUCCGUUGCAAACCAACUCUCCAUCGUGCUAUUCACCGUAUCGAUUGUUCGAAACUGGAGGUUAUGUUGAGACUCAGCAAACUAAUAACAGUGUGGUCGGUAGUUCCCCGGACGAAGGUUACGCCGAACUACAUCUCGUUACCCCGACUAAAUCACCAAAAAAAGAAGACUGCCCCGAGCUUUAUUACCAAUACGACGUUGCCACACCAAAUAAACAAAGUCAAUUUUCACCCAACAGUAAACUUAAUAAAAGACGAAGGAGUUUUUCGGAUUACCCCGAAAUCGGCAUGAAUAUACAGUGCAAUACCAUUUUGUCAGGCUUGAGUAUACCUGGAACGCCUGAGAAACGGACUCCAAUUAAACAACUUCCGUUCAGUCCCUCACAAUUCUUAAAUAGUCCUUCAAUGUCAUUUGUUGUUAAUUCGUCUUCGACACCAGUCAAACGGCUAUUAGCCGGUUGUAGUACCAGAGCGAUAAACGAAGAAUUGGUCGACGACAGAAUGAAAUCUGAGACUUUAGUGACGCCAAAUUUCACUUACAAGUUUGCCGGAAGAAGUCACGAUGACGUCAAGACGCCGGAAAUGAGUAAAACGAACACACCUCAUACGCCGACUCCGUUUAAAAUAGCACUGGCCGAAGCUGGUCGCAAGAUGGGCGUAAAACAUUUAUCUCAGUCUCCAUCGGCGUUGAUUGAAGACAUAACUGAUUACAUAAAACAAGAAGAUCGAGUCAAAAAGGAAUGUGAACUUUCAGAUUCCCAAUAUGAAACCGACAGUUCGAAUAUGUUUUGUGAUACAAACGAUACGGUCGCGUGUGGAAAAGAGAACGCCGAACCCUUAAUGCCUACACCACAAAAAAAGGCCAGAAAAUGUCUAGCGCCAGUGUGGGCUUCACCUACUGCCUCGUGGAAUCAACCUUUAGACACAUCCCCGAGAGUAAUUCGAAAUUCAAACGCCGGAGAAGUUUAUUCGUCAGCCAACGUAAUCGACGAGUCGAGGUUCACGUCGGAAGAAUAUUCAGCAUCAAAGAAUGGCCCUACCGCCUCACCAGGCGUACCGCAAGCUACAGCUAUCCGCCGACAGUUACCACAGCCGUCAGACAACAGCAGUGUCCUCAAGCGUCUUCACAUUGGAAGUCCACACGGACAAAAGUGGUCGGGUCUCGUUUCCAAGGACGACGUGAGGUGGAAAAUAACGUGCGGCAAAACAACGGAUCAACAAGAAAUGACUGCUUUGGCGUACCAAUGCCUUCAAAUGAAGACUCCGCACAAAAACCACGGCAGCAAAACGGCCGGGUUCAAACCCAGACAACUGACAUUUUAGUUAUACUUAUAUAUAGAUGUUUAUUUUUCAUUUUAUCCCUUUUGUCUUACCAUCCGUGUGUCUAAAAAUUAAUAACGAGUAUUAUGCUAGUAGUUAUAAUGGAUAAUACUUUUUUUUUUUUAUAUAUUCAAUAAGAGUGAGUUUUUUUCUUUUAUAAUAUUCUUAUUAUCAUCUCGUGUUCUUUCUCUGUUUUGGUCUAUCCACAUAAAUAUAUUGUUAUAAUUUCUUUUUUAUUUUAUUUUUAUAAUUUUAAAUGGAAUUUCAUUUAGUGACCGAAAACAAAAACACUGAUUUUUUCUUUGUACCUAUAAAAAUUCUUUCAACGAUGAUA